UCAGGACAAACAUGAUAUUUGGUGGUAUUUUAUAUGUAUCCAUAUCUCUUUUGGGAAUUGUGAGACUAUAGAAACUUGCAAUUUUGACCCGAAAGCCUCGGAUCCAUGUUAGAAUAUUGAUAUAUCGAACAUGGCCUAUUGUUAAAUGGGCAAACAUGGUGUUUUAUGACGCCAAUUAAGGACAAAGCAAACCCCGGGAGCGAAGUUGAGCUUAAGCCAUUUUCCUGCGGUGUGCACGAGUGGCAAAUUGUACAGUGCCUCGAACUCCAUAUGUAGCCGGCUAUAAAUCCAUUUUUCAUUAUUCCAUUCUUGUCACAGCAGUCAUUCGCCCCUGUAGCUUGAUUUGAACUGAGUUAUUGAAACUGACGUGGUAUGCUUCAACCUUACCCUGCCACCCUUCAAAGCGCGCUUUUUCACUUUGCUCUGACGUGAGGUGUAUUCUGACCAAUGAGAACAGAGAUUUGUCUUUCAACAAGAAUCACGGCGAACCCUAUUUUAGCCUGAAACUAAACGUUUUCCCGCGCUACCUGUGUAGCACGUGAUAACGCGAUACAGAAGGUUUUGCCUGAAAUCUAACAGCUAAAUUCAUUCCCGCAAUUUUUCUGUUCUUCAGUGCAAUUCUAAUCUGGGAAAACAUCCCAUAACAGAAAUAUAUCACAGGUACAAAAAUCCUUAUUUACAAUAACAACGUAAAAUCCUGCGUAGAAAAAUCUAUAUUUCACCCAAGUUACUCUAAAAAGAUUCUUAGUCCUUAUAUGUAAUUGCUGCCUACUGAGACUGUAGGAUAUUUAGGUUCUUAUUUCAUAAGAGGAAAACGUGUUUGCUUUUGCUGCAACAAGUCUACAUGGGUGUUGCCUUUCUUCCCCCUUAUGUGAACCGAAUAUGUAGUCGGGACUUGCCAUAGGAAUUCUAGUUUAUGUUUUGUAUUCGUAGUUUUGGUUCGUAUUUUUAAACCAGUCACGGUUUUAAUUUUUAGGCUCAACAGGUUCCUAAAAAUGAGGUUUCGCACGCUAAAAUUGUAGCCUAAGGGUUUCGUAUCAUAAGGUUUUAACAAAAUUUUAGCUCUAAGUCAGCACUUAAAGAAGCUUUCGUAUCGAAGAAAUCCAUUUAUCUUUCAAAGAAAAGUCAAAAUGUCACCUUGAGUCACAGCCAAUCUGUAAAAGAAUCACGUCAAAGGGGAUUCAAGCAAAAUUAAGUGACUAAUCGGCAUAAAGAAUGUUGCUGGUUAUAUAACCAUAACUAAGAUUAAAUAUAUUGCAAUUAUUUUCCAGCGGCUGCAAAUAUUCACAGUUUUCACAAAUAGCUCACGACAAAGUGAUUCAUGUCUUUCCAUUUGUUGGUGGCCUCAGUCAAAAAUUCCCUUACCGCACGCCCGUGCGUAAUGUAUCCCAUGGGACACGAUCUUAAUUGCUGAUUCACUAUGCAAAAAGUCUUUAAGUAUUCUAUGACCCGGGAAUUCUGGAAACUUCAGUUUGAACACAGUUUGAAGCUUGUCCAAAGUGAACAGAAAUGAAAAUGAGAAUGGUAACCCGAGAACCAGUUGAAGUGAUACCAAGGGUGGAUGUCAAGGAUGUUAAAGUUAUACGCCUCUUGGGGGCUGGCGGGUUCGGUUCCGUCUUCGAAGCUAUGCACAACAAUUGCAAAGUAGCCCUAAAGAAAUUUCACACCAACACUCGCAAUAAGAAAGCUGCGAUGCAGAGCUUUGAGGCCGAGAUGCAUCACGAAGUCUUGUCUCUCAAGCAUCCUCACAUCGUCCGUGUUUUGGCAGCGAACACCGCAAAAACCUUGGAAGACCAGCCUUGUAUCAUCAUGGAGUUUGUAAGCACCAGAAACCUUCAGCAUGUUCUUGACGACGCCGACGAAAAGAUCGAUUUUAAACGACGCGUUCGGUUUGCAUAUGAGGUGGCUCUGGCGCUGGAAUAUGUGCAUAGCAAUAACAUCGCACAUCUCGACUUGAAACCUGCCAACGUUCUGAUUGCGCAGGAUGAUAGCUGCAAACUCGCCGACUUCGGGUGUUGUCAGAUCAUCCAGGAACGACCCAACACCCCCUCCAGAUCGUACCUCACCGGAACUUUUGCCUACCGGGCACCGGAGCUUCUUAAAGGAGAAAGCCCAACUUUCAAGGCUGAUGUUUUUUCGCUCGGGAUCUGCUUGUGGCAAUUCUGGACGCGAGAAAUUCCGUACAAGUUGCAAAAUCACCAGAUUGUGAUCUUUCAAGUUGUAGCCUGCAAUUUGCGUCCGCCGAUCCCCAAGGGGAAUGACGUCGACAACCGGUACAGGGAACUGAUAACGUCAUCGUGGUCCGGUAACCCUAGUGACCGUCCUUGCAUGCCAGAAGUCGUGAACUUGUUGAAGAGUCUCCGUCCUUGACGCGAUAUUUACUUUACUGGACAAUUUUACUAAAUAUACCGAGUGCUGGUCACUUGGUUAGUUUAAUUUA